GAGAGGUUAUUAAGCUAUUUAACGUACAUGUUUGUUCAAGUGUUGCACAUCAAAAUGUAUUCAGAUGUAACCAAAUAAAUAUGGAAACAUUCGUAAUAAUAAUGGAAAAAAAAAAGAAAAACAAUAAUCAUAAUAAAAUGCAUGGUCAUAUGUUCCCAAGGUGAAAUAUCAGAGCGUAUCUCUUAUAGAUACCAGCCACAGAUAACGACCCUUGGCUCAAGGAAAGAGCAAUGAAUACCCAUAUUAAACAUUUGGAGGUGGAGAUACACCUCGCCAUCGUCCCUGUGUUUACAUAUACCACAGAAGCAGAAGUCGUCACGUGAACGAUGGGUGUGACCGUAGUGGAGAAGAUUGGGUACUUUUUCUAUGUUAUCAGUCCCAACUCCACCACCUUCGAACGAGAAGAUCAGAUUCCCAACUUUAUCAAUGAUGCAAUACCUCUGUUCUGGACGUUUAUCGUGCUGGAGGCGCUGGUGGGGAGGAUGAAGGGAAAGUCAGCGGGCCGCGUCAAUGACAGCCUCACCUCCUUGGGUCAUGGUCUCGUCUACGAAACUAUCAAGCUGGUGACAAGGGGGUUCGAGUUGUGGGGAUACACUUGGCUGUACGAACAUCGGCUAAUAGACCUGGACUGGUCGUCACCAGUUACCUGGUGGGCUGCUGCCAUUGGUGUUGACUUCGCAUACUACUGGACUCACCGGGCCACUCACGAAGUGAACCUGAUAUGGGCCACCCACCAGGUGCACCAUUCUUCAGAGGAUUAUAACCUGACGACGGCACUGCGCCAGUCCAUGUUCCAGCGGCUCUUCGCCCUUGGUUUCCACCAACCUUUGGCUCUCCUGGGCGUUCCACUGCCUGCCAUCCUCGUCCACAUGCAGUUCAACCUGCUCUUUCAGUUCUGGAUCCACACGGAACUGGUUGAGAGCUGUGGGCCCCUCGAGUGGAUCAUCAACACCCCUUCUCACCAUCGCGUCCACCAUGGAGCGAACAAGUGGUGCUUGGACAAGAACUACGCUGGAGUCUUCAUCAUCUGGGACCGCAUGUUUGGUACCUUCGAGCCGGAGAGGAAAGGAGAGAAAAUUGCCUACGGUCUUGUCGAUCAGCCCCAAUCUAAUAAUGUGAUUUGGCUGCAGUUUUUCUAUUUAGUGGAGGUGUUCCGCAAAGCGGCCAGUAAGAGCACCAUUGGGGACGUUCUGAGGGCCCUCUUCUACGGGCCCGGCUGGUGUCCUGGGUCUCCUCGCCUGGGGGACCCCGAUUCUUUUCCAGACGCGACGGCGUCCAGGAUCAAAUAUAACCCUAAGUUGCCCUUGUGGGAACAGGUGUAUGUGACGCUACAUUUCCUGAUUGUACUCAUAGUACAACAGGUGUUGACCUUACAGUUGAUGAGUUUCUCCUGGCUGACUGUUCUUGUUUACAUCGUCUUCAUAUUGGCAUCUGUUGGUAUCAUCGGCGCCAUGUAUGAUGGGUGGUGGUGGGCGCCCCUGGCUGAGGCCGCACGCUGUGCCGCCUACGUUGUCUACGCCCGUGCUACACCCGUCACUGCCCUUCCCCUGCUAGACACCGUCCUCCUCACCUACUUUGCCGUCUCUACCCUGGUGUGGGCCUCAGAAAGCCUCACCCUUCUUGGACUUACUGAAAAGACUGCCAAGUUACAGUGACAACUGUCCUUGCAUUUGUCUUCGGAUUAUUGUGUUAGUUAUUCGAUUUAUUUGUAUUGGAGUAAUCCAUUAUAAGCAUAAAUCAAAAUUGGACAUUAAUUUUGCCAUCAGUUCGUAUGCGAUUGUAUUUCAGAAUUUGCUGCCGAAUCAGCUGGUUUACUAUACAUCCCAUAACCAAAUUUUACAAGGAAUCUUAUGCAUACAUCCGUCAGCAUUUCGGAGGGAAUUUAUAAAAAAAAAAUUUUUACUGUAUCAAGAUUUUUAUAUACAACUUUGAUAUUAAAAGUCUUAAGAGAAGGCAUAUCAACCAAGUUUUCAUGGUAAGGAAGAAACAACAUAUUUUUGGUUGAAUAAGGUUGGUUGUCCCUUUUUGGAUUGUAAAAAGCAUAUCCAGCAAUUUUAAAAGAUUUAUCAAUUACGUUUCAAGGGUAUUUCAGAUCAUUAACUAUUUCACAAAUUUUGGAUAUUUCUUCGCCUAUGAACUUUGGACUACAAAUAUGCAAACCUCUCAAAAACACUGAUGAGGAAACAGACAGUUUAACUAUCUUGAUGUGAAGAAUAAUAGUGGACAUAGGAACAGUUAUUUGUAGGUUUUCUGUAAAUUUUAAAUUUGAAUUCCUUAUUACCCUUAAUAAUUAAAACAUCUAGAAAA